UUUGAAGAAAACUGCGAGCGUAGAGUGCGACAAGCUGUAAAUGUACCGUGGAGCUCCAACACUAAAUGGCGCUGAGCUGCAUGGCUUCGUUGGCCGUUACUUAAAAAUAAAUACAACGUUAGUGAAUGUUGAGCUUUCAAAUUUGGCGCUGUUUGCUCCGCCUUUAAGAGAGUAGCCGGGGCUAGCCUGUUAGCUAGCGUUAGCCAUGUUACUCGACACUGUAGCAGCAACAUGAAGUUAGUUAAAUAAGGAGGAUAUUCUAUGUUUUGUUUGGGUUUGCUUUGAGUUUCUUCAAACGUAUUUAAAGAUGGAGGUGACAGACAUCGGAAACAAAGAAGAGGGAAAAGUGUGGCAUCGAAAACCAACACCAGGCAAAGGUGUGUUAGUGACGGUGGUCCGCACUGCUCAACAGGCCAAGACGGUGCGAUUCCUUCAUGUGGCCUUUGACACCACAGGAGACUCCUUCCUGGCUGGAGAUCAUCAUGGGAACAUCUAUGUCUUUGACAUCAGUAGAAACAGAUUUCGGCUGGUGCAGAAGACAGGGCAGGCCUGCACUGCUCUGGCAUUCAGCCUCCGCAGGACCACAGAGUUCCUCGUGGCCAUGGCUGACUACACCAUCAAGUGCUUCGACAAAGACACAAAGCAGCUGGUCAGCUGGAUGCGUGGUCAUGAGGGAGCAGUUUCAUUCAUCUCUGUCCACAGCUCAGGUCGCUACGCCAUCACCACGUCCUCAGACACAGCGCAGCUCUGGGACCUGGACACUUUCCAGAGGAAGAGGAAGCUCAACAUCAAACAGUCUGUUGGCAUUCAGAGGGUGUUUUUCCUGCCUCUCAGCAACAACAUCCUCAGCUGUUUCAGUGAUGAUUCCAUCUUUGCUUGGGAGAGUGACACCCUGUUCUGCAAAUACCAGCUCCCUGUCCCCGACUGUGGACCCAAAAUUUCCUACAAGGCCUUCGCUGUCACACGUGAUGGUAAGAGCCUUGCUGCUGGUGGGCGCUCCAACCUGCUGCACCUGUGGUGUUUGGACAGUAAGCAGCUGGUCAGGGUGAUUCAGAUGCCCACGCAGGUCCGAACUGUCCGACAGCUGGAAUUCCUGCCCGACAGCUUUGAUGGAGGAGCCAGCCAGACACUAGGUGUAUUAAGCCAGGAUGGCAUCAUGCGUUUCAUCAACAUCCACACCUGCAAGUUGCUUUUCCACAUGGGUUCCCACGACGACGCCAUAACCACAGUGGCGGUCAGUCCUAAUGGCCGACAUGUUGUAGCCAUCAUGGAUAAUGGCAGCAUCAACAUCUACAGUGUGCAGAGUCUCACACAGGAAUUAAACAAGCCUCCUCCCUCCCAGGUGGCGGUCGUCUCUGGUGGUGAAGUUGAUCAGGACUUGUCUAAUAUAAAGGUCAAGGUCAGGUCAGAAGUCGUUCAGAGGCCAGCAAAGAGCUUCGGUAGACGAACACAGGUGAAGAUACUGAGACCUCCUGCUGGGUCUACAGCUGAUGAUAAAGAGAAUGAAUUACCUGCUGGUCUGAAUAAGAAGAGACUGGUGGCUAUGCUCAAGACUUUUGGAGAGUAUCCUGCUAAAUACAGGAUGUUUGUAUGGCGGUCUCUGUUGUGUCUGCCAGAGAACCAUGCGGCAUACAGCAGUCUGACUGAUAAAGGCCUGCAUUCGGCCUACCUCACUCUGCAUGAUAAAUACCCCAUCAAAAGUCACAAGCUGCAGAGGGGACUGCAGAGGGUUUUGUCUGCCUUAGCUCACUGGGCAGCCAUCUUUGGCGAGGCAGAGUACCUUCCCCUGGUGGCCUUUCCUUUCGUCAAGCUCUUCCAGAACAACCCAAUGCUCUGCUUCGAGGUGGUGGCCACUGUCAUAGUGAAUUGGUGUCAGCAUUGGUUUGAGUACUUCCCCAACCCUCCUCUGAACAUCCUGAGCAUGGCAGAAAACAUUCUGGCUCAUCAUGACAAGGAGCUGCUGCAGCACCUGGCGGACUGUGGCAUCACGUCACAGCUCUAUGUGUGGCCCCUGCUGGAGACUUUGUUUUCAGAGGUUUUGACUCGUGAUGAGUGGCUUCGACUUUUUGACAACAUCUUCUCCAACCAUCCCUCAUUCCUGCUCAUGGCCUGUGUGGCUUACAUCACCUGCUACCGUGAACCUCUUCUGCUCUGCUCCCAGAAACAGGACUUUGAGUAUUUUUUCCACCAUCGUAACAACCUGGAUGUAGGAGCCAUGAUAAAAGAAGCUUACCGACUGAUGAGUAGCACACCAGCUGACAUCCAUCCCAGGACAAUGCUCUCUGACUUUAUGCCACUGACCAAAGGCCAGUACCCCGUCUUCAACCACUACCCAGAAUUCAUUGUAGAGUACCAGAGCCGGGAGAGAGAGAAGAUCAGACUGCAGGAGAUGGAGUAUCUACGCGAGAGGCAGGAGGUGUCAGCCCUGCGCACUGAUUUUUUGCGACGCCAAGCUGAAGAGGAGGCCUAUUAUGCCCAGCAGGAGCUGCUGCAGAAGGCAGAGGAGCAGCGCAGAAACAUCCUGGCUCAAGAAGAGGAAAAACUAACACAGCAGAGGGCAAAGUUGGCAGCCAUGAAGAGGGAGCUGAAGGUAAAGGAGUUGCAGCUGCUGGACGCAACUAAAAGACGUUUCCUUAAACACCAACAGGACCUGAGAGCCUCACAGGUCCAGCGACUAGAGCAGGAGAUCAGUAGAAAGAUGGAUCUCCGGGAGCAAGAAACAGCUGCAGCAGUGCAGGAUCUAGAGGUCCGACAGAUGGAGCUGGAGGCUCAGAGGAGACGACUUGAACAGCACCUGUUUAAGGAGCAGGAGCGCAUGGGACGGCAGGUUGAGGAGGUGGUGGAUUUGAGGAUGAGGAGGGCAGAAAGAGAAGAUGAGCAUUACACAGAGCUGCUACACCGCACAGAGACAAACAUGCAGGCCCUGGAGGAGUCACUGGCGGAGGCGUGCCAGCUGGGCUUGGAGUCAGACUGGCAGAGAGAGGUGGCAGAGCGCCUGCAGCAGGUCGAUGCUGAGCAGGAGAGGAAGAGGGAGAGACUGGCAGAGAAUCACAGGCAAACCCUGGCAGAGGAGGAAAGACUGGCUGACACCCUGAGAGACGUGGCAGGAAGGAAGUGGGAUGAAGUGAUGAGCACCAGAGCACAGUUACAGGAGCAGCGAUGGCCUUCAGCAGAGACAGACGGCCAGAGACAGACGGGAAUAAGAUCACUGUGUUCAACAAGAGGACUUUCUCAGAGACCAAGUGCCACCACUGCUGUCAAUGUUGGAAUCAACGCUGCAGGUCCAGCAGUCGGACUCAACUCUGCCAAUUCUCCAAAGCAGGCAGGAACCAACAUGGUGUGUCUGAACAGCAGCUCACCUUCAGAGAGCACCUCCACCAUCUUUUCUCUGGAUCGAGGCCGGGCCCAGCUGGACAGCAGCGAGAGACAACUACUGAAGGAAAUCCGAGAACUGAGACAGAAACUGGCGGCCAGAGCCAGAGAGGGCAGCUCAGCCUCCUCACAGUCUGUCCACACACUGUCCUCUGUCUCACAGUGACCACAAACUGCUCUCUGUCUUCUUUGUGUCACAGAAACAUAUUUUUGUCUCAAGGGAGCGACAUUGACAAUAACAAUGACUCAGACUGAAGAACUGCUGCUGUUUACCUCUUUCCAAAUCUUUAUAUACCAUCCUUUUAACUGCAGACUAUUAAUACAACCGGACUCAAACUGCACAUCAUCAACUGCUAUCUCAUGACAACACAUUGUGCAUUAAAGGGACAGUUCACCCCCAAAUCAAAGAUACAUAUUUCCUUUUAACUGCUAUUUAUUAAUCUAGGUUGUUUUGGUGUGAGUUGCUAAGCAUUGGUGAUAGAGGAAGCAUGCAUUGACUCAUGGACCGAAGGCUCAUGACGGCGCCGGAUGUAAACAUUGAUGGUGUCCUUCCUGGCUGAGCUGGAGCGUUAGCCAACUCAGUGGUGCUAAGUGAGCUAGCAGUAGAUGCACACUUCCUUCUGCGUGGUGUUAAGAGUUGGCAGCUGUUGUUUGGUAGAGAAAAAAAGUAUGAGGUAUAAUAAGGUCAUGAUUUCUGGAAAGAGACAUAUCACAGAGCACCACAAGCCAAGUGCAACUCUGCAACUCCAUAUAAAUAUGUAUUUUGGUUUUGGGAUGAACACUCCCUUUAAGACAUCAGUCCUCUGACUGGUAUCCUGUAAGGACAGAAACUUUUAAUUAUUUUGGUUUUGACUGUGCUGUUGCUUCAUGUGAUGUGUACACGGUUUUGAAGCUGAUGUCACUACUCUAAGAUCCAAACCUACCAUCACUACUGAGUGGGUUUUCUAAAAAUAUCCCAACAAGCAAUAACGGUUUCACUCAUUUUAACUCAAUUCUGUCUGGGCCUUCUCCAGACACAGACAGUGGCCAGGACAGGGAAAAGGCUAAUCUUGUAUUACUGCGGUCAAUAUGUAGCCAGUGAAUCUUACUGUGUGUAAUCAAAAUGACAAACUGAUGCAACAUACAGAAUUGUAGGUACAAUGUCUAACUGUGUGUGUGUUUCAAAUGUGUGAUGAAACAUCUGUUAGUUGUUUAGUGUCUACAGUGCAGUUUAACAUCUUGUGUCUGUGGUACAUACAAAAUUAUAGCUCUGAAUUUGUUCUAUUUAAUGUUCAGUUUCACACUUUAUAUUCAUGGUUGUCAUUUUUUAAAUAUUUGCUCUGG